CGGAGCGGCGCGUGCCCGCCCGCGGGGAGGCGGCGUUGGCGCAUGCGCGGGCGGCCCGGUCGGUCCCGGCCCGGUCCCGGCGGUCCCGGCGCGGAGCGGAGGCAGCGGAGCGGCCGCGGGCCGAGCGCGAGCACGCCGGCCCGGCGAGGGCUGCGGCGUGGGACGCUGGUGUCCGCCGUCGGUGCUGGACGACCUCCGCGCGCCCCGGCAGCGCCGGCGGGACGGGGCUGAGCCACGCGCCCCAGCGUUUUGUUCGCCGUUAGGCCUUGAUUAGCAGCUCGGCAGCAGCCGGACAAUUAAAAUGCAGCGCUGGGGCAUGGCCGUCAAUGUGUACUCCACGUCAGUGACCAGCGAGAACCUGAGCCGCCAUGACAUGCUCGCCUGGGUCAACGACUCCCUCCAGCUCAACUACACCAAGAUCGAGCAGCUCUGCUCAGGGGCUGCCUACUGCCAGUUCAUGGACAUGCUGUUCCCCGGCUGCGUCCACCUGCGGAAGGUGAAGUUCCAGGCCAAGCUGGAGCACGAGUACAUCCACAACUUCAAGGUGCUGCAGGCCGCCUUCAAGAAGAUGGGAGUGGACAAGAUCAUCGCGGUGGAGAGGCUGGUGAAGGGCAAGUUCCAGGACAACUUCGAGUUCAUCCAGUGGUUUAAGAAGUUCUUCGACGCCAACUACGACGGGAAGGAGUACAACCCGCUGCUGGCGCGGCAGGGCCAGGACGUCGCGCCCCCCCCAAACCCAGGUGAUCACAUCUUCAACAAACCCAAGAAACCCAUUGGCACUGCAGUCCCCCAGAGGACCUCCCCCACCGGCCCCAAGAGCACGUCGAACCCGGCCCGUCUCAGCAACGUCCCCAGCAGCAUCCUCCGGAAAAACUCCCCCGCGGCACGUAACGGGGGCACCGAGGCCGAUGCGCAGAUCCUGGAGCUCAACCAGCAGCUGAUGGACCUGAAGCUGACGGUGGACGGGCUGGAGAAGGAGCGGGAUUUCUACUUCAGCAAACUGCGGGACAUCGAGCUCAUCUGCCAGGAGCACGAGAACGAGAACAGCCCCAUCAUCACCGGCAUCAUCAGCGUCCUCUAUGCCACGGAGGAGGGCUUCGCCCCACCAGAGGACGACGAGCUGGAGGAGCAGCAGCCAGAGGAGCAGGACGAGUACUAGCCCCGGCACGCUCCCCCGCCCCGCGCCGUUCCCCCACCAUAGACAUUCGAGGUCUGAGCCCCGCGCGCCUCGCCCCGCACUGUCACACGCCAUCGUCGUCUCCGGUGGCCGGGCCCGCGGCCUCAGCGUCCAGCAGCUCCGGUGGGAAGCCACAGUCUCCAUAAUAAAUCGAUGUCCAUCGGGCGCGGAGCACGGCUCUACCUACGCCAGGGGCCGGGGGGGUGGGGACAGGCUCUGGCCGCUGCGCCCGGGGCCCGGCCCUCGCCACCCCCACCCUGUAUUUAUUUCCAUUGUCCCCUCCGGUGCCCCCACCUGCCCUGCUGCCUGCGAGCCAGAGGGAAAGAACGAGUCCUGGGGGGCGUUUGCCCCGGGGGGGAGCGCGCUCGCCCGCUGCCUGCACCCUGCCAGCCCCGCAGCCCAGGGAUGGGGCCGGUGGUGGCCCUGGGACCACUGCACGGGGGGAGGUUGGUGGCCACCCGGCAGCCUGCGGGGAUGCGGCGCGGAGGAGGGAGGUGUUGCUUCAGGUUCCUGGGAAGAUGAAAAAUAAUCCCCAGCCCGGGUGAGGAUGCAGCCGCCUGCCCGCACGGGUGGGCAGCAGGGGGGCGGGGGGACAUGGCCACCACAGGCCAGAACGGAGGAGCCCAGGGUGGGAGCCCGUCCCCGCUGCGGACCCCUCCCCUCGCCCGUGGCCACCGAGGAGCCCCCGGGGCCGGCCGGGUCUGGCGGCAGCACACGCAGCGCCGGCCCCGGCCAUCGUCCCCCUGUCGCAUCGCUUGUCUGGUCCCUCACUCCGGUUGCAACAGCCUGCAUCUGUGUUAACGUUUUAUUUAAAAUAAACUCGUGUGGUAAAACCUG